CUAGUAUUAAUUGUUAAUAAUAUUAGAACGCGGCACUUCUUAUUAACUCAACAGCUGAAAACGGUGUUUAUAUCUUGUGUUCGUAACUGUGUGUAAAUGCCGAUAUACAUAAUAAAAGUCCGGGUGGAUGACGUAUUUCCGCUCAGCGCACGGAAGAUGGCGCGUGAUGUUGAUCAGUGAGAAAUGUGAAUAUUUGAGAUCGAUUCAAGUGCUUGGGGUGAAACAAACUCUGCAGACAUGGGGCGACGCUCCACCUCCUCCACCAAGAGUGGGAAAUUUAUGAACCCCACCGAUCAGGCCAGGAAGGAGGCACGCAAAAGAGAGCUGAAGAAGAACAAGAAGCAGAGGAUGAUGGUUCGAGCGGCGGUGCUGAAGAUGAAGGAUCCGCGUCAGAUCAUCAAAGACAUGGAGAAACUCGAUGAGAUGGAAUUUAACCCGGUGCAGCAGCCGCUGUUGAAUGAAAAAGUUCUGCGUGACAAACGUAAGAAACUGCGCGAGACAUUUGAACGAAUCGUCCGUCUGUACGAGCGAGAGAAUCCAGAGACGUAUAAAGAGCUUCGUAAACUGGAGGUGGAUUACGAAACCAAACGUGGACAGCUGGCACUCUACUUCCACUCUGUCAAGAACGCUGAGUCUGUGGAGGUGGACAGUAUUCCUCUUCCUGACAUGCCACACGCUCCAUCCAGCAUCUUAAUCCAGGACAUCCCGCUGCCUGGAGCUCAACCACCAUCAAUACUGAAGAAAAGCUCUGCACUCGGGAAAGCGUCUGCGGUGUCUUCAGCUGCUCUCGCCGGAGUUCCUCGUCUGCCAUCUGGACGAAAACCACCGGGACCCCCGCCAGGACCUCCCCCUCCACAGAUACUGCUGCUGUAUGGAAACACACGGCGAACAGAUGAUGGUGGCGGUUCAGACACUGAAAUGUUUGACGUUGGCGGACGAGACACUGACAGCGAGAGUGAUGCAGACGACGACAGUGACUCGCAGGACGACAGCGGUGGAGAGAGAGACGACACAGACGCUGACAUGAGAAUGAUGACUGAUCGCCAUGACGACAGAGAGGAUGAGAGAGACAGAGCCGAUAAACACACAGGUCGCAGUGUGUGGUUUGCUGACAUGCCUUCACCAAGAGAGAAGAGGAAGAAGAGGGUGAUGAAGAAGAACAAGACCAUCACACCACUGCAGGCCAUGAUGCUGAGAAUGGCAGGUCAGUCAGUACCUGAGGAAGAGGAUGAGGAUGGAGAGGAUUUCACAGACUCUGAUUCAGAUGGUGAGGAUGAAGGUGUGGAUGCUGAAGCUGCUCACUCAUUGGCCAAUCCCAGACUUCCUGCUCCAUCUGCACCAAUGGCAGCUCAGCAGCCUCCUCCACAUAUGCAGGCUCCACCAAUCACAGGGCCUCCUCCUUUAGGACCACCUCCUGCCCCUCCAAUGAGGCCACCAGGACCGCCAUCCGGCCCGCCUCCGGGACCGCCUCCUGGUGCUCCUCCGUUCAUGAGGCCUCCUGGGCUGCCAGCCGCUCUCAGGGGUCCCAUACCACGCAUGCUGCCUCCGGGACCCCCGCCGGGCCGACCGCCAGGACCUCCUCCAGGACCGCCACCGGGUCUGCCCCCCGGACCCCCUCCCAGAGGACCCCCGCCACGCCUGCCACCUCCUGCUCCUCCAGGAAUGCCUCCACCGCCCCCUCCCCCCCGCACCGGACCCCCCCGCAUGGCCCCCCCGCUCUCUCUCUUCCCUCCACCACUCAACCCCAACGUGCUCAGUGCUCCGCCCAGCAUCGUAUCGCGUCAGAAGCCGCCCACGGUGUCUGUCUCCUCUGGCGACAGCUCUCAGAACGUGUCCACCCGCCCCCCCGCCCUGCAGAUGCCCCCACCCCCUGGCACCGCCCCCCCGCUUGCCCCCACCAUCGAGAAACGCGCCAACAUCUCUGGCCCCUCCUCAGCGCAACCGGGUACCGCCACCAUCUCCGCCAAACCUCAGAUCAUCAACCCCAAGACGGAGGUGACGCGCUUCGUUCCCACGGCGCUCCGUGUGCGCAGAGACCGCGCCGGCGCGAUGGAGAAAACAGGUGGCAGGAGAGAGGAUGAGCGUGAGCAGCCCAAACAAGUGUCUAUAAACCCGACCCAGCCCGCUGGCAUUGCCCCGCACAACAUGAAGACUAAAGACCAGAUGUACGAGGCCUUCAUGAGAGAGAUGGAGGGGCUGCUGUGAUUUAAUUAGUCAAUAAUAAAAGACAUCAUCUGUGCUUCAUUGAAGUCGAAGGUCACUGGCGUUCUCUUUUACAUUUUAUAUGUUUCCUUUUAGUUCGUUACUGUCACAUGAUUGUGUUUCAUCUUUAAACAUGAUUAAACUUCAAACCUCAAACUCCU